GAUGGUGUGCACCAUUUCAUGAACUCACUGUUUUCCACUUGCAUGGUACGCCGUUUCCAUGGCAACAUUGUUUUGCCUGUGAUUGGUUACAUGUCAUUAUGACAUUAAUGUGUUUUGCCAAUAUCACCUUUUCCCAAAACCAAAAUAGUAAACAACGUAGUUGUAUUUUAUAAAUAUUACACUUGUUAUGAGAACUGUAUUGAAUGUGUAUGUUGUAGGAGAGCAUACUCGGUUGGUGAAACUGUUUCGUAUUUCUUGACAUCGGUUACGAUUUGAACAUAGUUAAGAAGGAGCGGGAACAAGCGUGAAGGAGUCGAGUGCCGGUGUUUUCUUUGCAUUGUGGCUAUUACGCUUUAUUAAUUUGUGAAACAGUCUGCAGCAAUAAAAGUAAUUAUGUCAUACGAAUAUAAUGUGCCCUACGUCGAUUUUAUCACUUCAUUUGGAGAGAACGAUGGUGCUGAUAAGUUUUUCGAUGUAAAUACGGAACUUGAGAAGCUGUCUAUUAAAGAACGUUCUACGUCUAAAGAAAAAGAUGGUAUAGAAAAAAACGGUGUUAAAAAAUCUGGGGUAAAAUUGGUACAUGAGAAUUUAAAAAUUCAGGUUUCACAAGGUUUCUCAAAACCUGCCUCUGUCUUAAGGCAUAAAAAGCAUUUUCAGAUAGUGGAGGAGGUAAAUGGAGAGUUCUAUAUAAAAAAUGAUGAAAUAAGACAUGCUGGUGUCCCCAGAACAAUUCCCAACCAACGAACUAAAACCCUACAGCAACGUAGUUUUGAAGAACGUCAAAAAUUACAAGUUAGAAAAAAAGAAGACCAUAUUAAAAAAAUCUUAGAAGAAGAGAAGAAAAAAAGAGUUUUUCAUGCGAAUCCUAUUCCUAAUUAUUUGAAGUCAACUCGACAAACGUCAACAUCAGGGAAAGCAAGUGCUGGAAAGUACACCUUGGAAGUAAAGAAGUCCACAUCAGUAACUGGGAAGAAAGCCACAUCUGUGACUGAGAAGACUGUAGCAAAAUCAACAUCCUCAAAACCAGUAGCUCCACAAGCUAGCAACUCUUCACAGAAUGAGUAA